GUCGACGUGGCAUGAUGUCAUGUGUGCGACAACAAGACCCGGAUCAAAACACGACAAAAGUAACAGGAGGCAAUUCCGUGGUUAGGUGAGCUUUGACUACGAGGCCUUAUGAAUACACGUCGUCGCCACGGCCCCCGGAGCAAUGAGGAGGGGGUGUACCUGGGGCCGUCCCAGACACAGGCCCACCUGCAGCAGCAACAGCAUGCACCAGCAGACGCCCCCCUGCCGUACGCGCCCCCUCCUGCGGACUUUGGCAGCGGCUCCUGCCGUGACCGCACCACUGAGUUCCAGUCCGUGUGCCGCUCUCUGCAGAGCCGACAGAAUGGCCUCCAGCCCAGUAAACCAGCCCACAGUCCUGUCAGGCAGCACAGUGACUUCACUCUUUAUGCAAAGCGCAUUGGGAGAAACUUAAGUAAUACCUUUGCCAAACUGGAAAAGCUGACAAUGCUUGCCAAAAGCAAAUCACUUUUUGAUGACAAGGCUACUGAAAUUGAUGAGUUAACACAUAUUGUGAAACAGGACAUCAACCAUCUGAACAAGCAGAUAGCGCAGCUCCAGGAGCUGGUGCGCUCCAGAGGGAGACAAAACGGCCGCCAUCAGCAGACACAUUCCAACACCGUUGUGGUGUCACUGCAGUCGAAGCUGGCAGCCAUGUCAAACGACUUCAAAUCGGUGUUGGAGGUCAGGACAGAGAACCUUAAAGAGCAGCACAAUCGCAGAGAGCAGUUCUCUCAAGCCCCGUCUCAGUACAAUCCCAAUUCAGCUCACAACUUCAAUGCAGGGAACUCAUUGCUAAUACAAGAUGAGUCCAAGCAGCCAGGAGACGUGUCCAUCAAUAUGGACUUCCGCGCCAGUCAACAGAUGCAGCUCAUCAACGAACAGAACUCGUACAUCCAGAGCCGGGCGGACACCAUGCAGGACAUAGAGACGACCAUCGUGGAGCUGGGCUCCAUCUUCCAGCAGCUGGCCCACAUGGUCAAGGAACAGGAGGAGACGGUACAGAGGAUCGACGCCCAUGUAGACGAAACCAGCUUCAACAUAGAGGCGGCUCACACAGAGAUCCUGAAGUACUUCCAGUCGGUAUCUAGCAACCGCUGGCUGAUGAUCAAGAUCUUCCUGGUCCUCAUCAUCUUCUUCAUCGUCUUCACCGUCUUCUUAGCCUGACAGCUGUCUGGGAAACAACACAUGCUCUCAUCCCGACGUCUCACUUUUCGAGUCAUUGACCAGGUGGCAAUAUUUGGCGCCAAAAGUAGGCCAUUGGUGUCAAAAAGUGACACUAAACUCAAAAGUUCCCCCUUGUGGUAACAUUACUUUACUCACUGUUAGGGUUAGGGAGGGGUCAAGGUCUUCCUGUCCGCGUAAAUUUGCAACGCACAAGGCGUAUGCCCCUGAGGUCAAAUAUUGCUGCUUGGUUAAAUGGUAUUGAAAAAUGAUGGUGUGAGACUGUGGGUGGAUUCCAAUCUGCGGACUUCCGUCCUCCCUUGAUCACUUGCCUGUUUGUGACCUCAUGAUGAUGUCACUGUCGACAGAAAAUGAAUUCAAUAUCUUGCAAAAUCACAAUUCUAAUGUCCUUUUCUCAUUUGCAAUUGGGAUGGUGAAUGAAAAACAGUCCCCCAAAAGUUGUUGGGGCUAGGCUGAUGGCUGGGAAACUUUCUUGUCUUCUCCACGGAGUAGGGGCCAGGAGGCGGGGCAAGGCCAUACGCACAAGUGGAGGAUGGGAGUGUGCAUAUUGGAAUGCACCCUGUGUUGCUGGGAACCACAUGCUAAGGGUACUGGAUAUGGCAGAGGGUGUGGACUGAAGAUGUAUGAAGGCGAUGGACCAGGAGGGAGGUGGGCAGUGGAAGUAGCUGAGGAUCUGCUAAGCUAAAGCAGGUGUUUCUGCCUCUCUUAAUCUGCCGUGUCGUCAUGCCCGCAGUGGGUAGAAGCGCUCACCUGUUGUUGGGUCUUGCUUAUGUGCUGCUGUUUUCCUGUGCAAUCACUCAGAUCAGAUGUGAAUGAUUUCUGGUAAUUGAUUAAAGGUGAGGCGAUUCUCACAGAUUUACUUGUUAAAUGUAGAACUGGACCAGACAAAAAAAUCAUGUGCUGUUCUUGUUACAAAACAAGAAUUAUGAAUGGAAAGGAAUUUUUUCCACCAAACAUUAUUAGUCCAGCUAUGUAUGUAUACUGUACGUGUUAUGUUUUUUUCUCCUUAAAACAUGUCUUGUCCUCAGUUUUAACUAUAAUUAUAUUCUAUUAGGGCCAUUUUUGUUGGUCUUAAAAAUAUUUUUUGUUUGUUUGUGGAGGAGCAAUGUCUGAUUUAAACCAUUUCUUUACUCUCUGCUGUUGAACAUAAUCGGCACUUUUCAUACACCACACUUGGAUAUAUAUGUACACUUCACUGAAUCAAUGUUUAAAAAAAAAGAGUUAUACAUUAUUUUUUCUAAAUGAACUCCACUCUUUGUUUGGCCAGCUGCCGUGUGUGUGUGGUGAAGGGGUUAAGGAGGCCAGUGGACAGUACAGUAUAAACGGUGAUGAGCGUUCCUGAUCCUCUUGCGUUAUCCCUGAGUCAUGCACACUCACUGUCAGCAAGAUUAGGGUUUGCAUGGCACAGGCACACACACAAAUAUCUUGGUGGCAUUACAGCACACAUGCGGGAGAGGUUUGCAAUCAGUAAUGUAUGGCCACUUGGGGACGGUGAAUUUUUUUGCCAAGCGUUUUGUGUCCUUUUGUUUUGUGAGUUAGAGCUGAGUGGCUUAGCGUUGUGGUUGAGGCAGGGGCGGUGCUAAUAGGGGAGGCAAGCAGGGCAUUUGCUCCUGGGCCCAGAGCCCUGUUGUAUUGAUUGUGGGGGCCCCCAUUAUGACUGGCAGGUGGAAUGGGGGGGCCCUAUCAGUGUUUUGCCCUAGGGCCCUGUGUUUUCUGCCACUGGUUUGAGAGUUUAACUAAUUGCACACCCGUCUGUCUCGCCUCCUUUUCUUCCUCUCCCUCCGGCCUAUUCUGUUCUUCUGGGAAGACUGAUGUCUGGAGGAUGGAGGGGGGGUCAUAUUAAACAUUUUCACCAGUCCAGUCAGACUGUAGAGUGCCUGCCCUUGUGUCUGAGAAGAAGAGAGAGGAUGUGUGAGUGUGUGCGUUGAAUAAUGACAUUUCUCAAAGUAAACAGCAAGCGGUUCUCGACAUUCUUGCUACAUUCAGUUUUUACACACAGUUUUUAUUUCUCUGGUUCUGGUUCGACCACAAGGUGAAGACAGGUGGUCUGUGUUUGUUUUAUGUUUCUCAGAGUAGAAUUGUUCAAUGUCUUGUUUUUCUUUUAUUUUCAGAAUAGCUAGCAGUGCCUGUGGGCAGAGGUCUCUGUGUACUUAAGAACAGUCUGUGUCAGAUCAUGAAUAGGACAUAGGAGACCACUAAGAGUUUUUGUUC